AAAGCCAUAAAGAAAAUGCAUUGCAUGUUUAAAUUUCCCGCCAUCUUAUCAGCUCCCAUAAAGCGCAGCUGCAUUGAGUCGCCGUUCGGCCUGUCUGCCUGUUCUAAGCAUCAUCCCCGGGUCUCAAAGGUCGUACACACGUACAUUGAGGAAAUUCUAAAAGGCCUGAUUGCGAAUAUGAUUAGUCUGAGAAGCAACACCGCUAGUCUUGCGACGAUCGUUAAGCGGUCGUAUCAUAACCGGGCAUUGCUUGGAAAGCGUGAGACCGUCGGACCCGGCUUCAAUAACCAGCUUAUGUAUGUCGAUCGAGCUGAUUUCCCAUACCCGGCCUCCCGUUGGGGUGAACCCGAUGCAAAGAUCGAUGCUCUUCGCGAAAAGGAAAAGGGUGACUGGAAGAACUUGUCAAUCGAAGAGAAGAAAGCCCUGUACAGGUACUCCUACCGACAAACUUUUUCCGAAAUGAACGCCCCGACCGGUGAUUGGAAGAUUGUAGUUGGCGGAACCAUGAUCGCGGUUGGUAUCACUUUUUGGAUCUACGCGUUCUUAAAAAAGUUUGUCUACUCACCAAUGCCAAAGUCAUGCUCAGAAGAGGCCAAGCUGGCUCAGCUUGAGCGUAUGGUUCAACUGCGUGCGAAUCCAAUCGAUGGCAUAGGUUCGAAAUGGGAUUACGAAAAUAACCGGUGGAAGUAAAUGAAUUAAGACUUGAUGAUGAAGUGGAUUAUCGGAUGAGUAGAAUAGACAUAAACAAUGAUAAUGUACUGUUGCUUUGCCAAUCGAGAAAAGCAGCAGACUGUUUUUUCUUCUUAUAGAAAAAGACAGGAUUAGCAACAGCAUCAGGAAUGGUUAAUACUGUUCUAUAGUUUUAAAAAUAAACACUUUAAACAAGAUGUACACAUAUUAAAAA